UCGCCUCGGACGACAACUACGACAAGCGCUUAGGUUCUCGCAAUUGAUAACGGUAAAGGGUGAUUAGUUUAUUAAUCAUCGAUAUCAGCACCGUCAAUGGAACUAGGGCAAACAGUUGGAAAUAUUUCGGCAUUCAGUUGAUCACAGCAGCUGGCUGUGCAAGCAAGGAAGUCGCUUGUUUCCGUGCGCGCGUUUUCUAAGAAAUACCACCCCCUGCCCCCCCCUCCCUCCACCUCUUCCGACCUGUCGCUAGCACAUCUGAUCGUUUCAUGAUGGUCUCGCUAACGGAGCUGAAAAAGCAUACAAUAUGCCAUAUGAUAAUCGCAAUAACAUUCUUCUCCUGCGGCCUGCUCUGCAAUAUCGCCCAAUUUCUGCUGUUGAUCCUGGUGAAGCCCUUUAAUCCCACACUGUUCCGCAAGCUAAUGUAUUAUCCGUGCUAUGCCUUCUACUCCCAGCUGGUUUCGGUCACCGAGUGGUAUGGCGGCGGCCGGGUGCACGUGUACAUGGACAGCGAGGACUUGAAGAUCGCCGGCAAGGAUCACGGUCUGAUGAUCAUGAAUCACACUUACGAAAUUGAUUGGCUGUGCCUGUGGAUGCUGCUCGAAAAAUUGGAAAUUUUGGGCACCGCCAAGGCGUUCGCCAAGAAACCCAUCAGGUAUAUGCCGGUGCUGGGCUGGGCCUGGUGGAUGGCGGAGUUUGUCUUCCUCAAUCGGGACUUUGACAAGGACAAGGAGAUCAUUGCCAAGCAGCUGAGGCUUGUCUACUCGUAUCCCGAUCCCGUUUGGGUAUUGCUCACAGCCGAGGGCACACGCUUCUCGGCCGCCAAGCACGAGGUAUCCGUGAAGUUUGCCCAGGAGAAGGGCAUGACCCCGCUCAAGCAUCAUUUGAUACCGCGUACGAGGGGCUUCACGACCAGCCUGCCCACGCUGCGCGGCAUCUGUCCGGCUAUUUAUGACAUCAAUCUGGUAUUCAAGCGCGACUCAAAGGUGCCCGUGAAUCUGAAUUCCAUAUUGAGCGGCGAGACAGUGGAACCAUAUAUCUUUAUUCGACGCAUCCCGUUGGAGCAAGUGCCCGAGGGCGAGAAAGAGGCCGCUGCCUGGCUGCAGAAUCUGUACAUUGAGAAGGAUCGCAUUGUCGACAGCUUCCAUGAGACGGGCAGUUUCUUCAAGACGUCGGGCAUCAAAGAGGUGCCCUGCACCAUCUACAAUCCGCGCAUCAGCAGCCUCAUCAGCUUCGCCGUGGUAGGCAGCUGCUCCAUGCUGUCGAUCUUGUACUAUUUUGUCGCAUCCUUGCUGGCGGCUAACUGGUCUGGCCUGAUAACCAUUAUGACCAUAUUUGUGAUAUUUUUCCUGCUGCUGAGAAAGGCGAACAACAUGUCAAAGAUCAGCAAAGGUUCCACAUAUGGUGUCGCUGGUGGCAAAUCGAAGACAAAUUAGUUAUCAGUUCAAUAUUCUAUACAAUAGGGAAGUUUACGUUUGAUGAAUUUGCAACUAAAAAAGAGGCGUGUCCGCACCUUAAAGCUUGUUGAUUCUUUGACGGGGAUUAAGGCGAGCUGUACAUAUGUAUAUGCAUAGCGAUUUAACGAUUUUUUUUUAAUGAUUUGAUAAUAAAGAAUGCAAAAUAAA